AUGUUAUCACCCAAAACUCAAAUCACUUUCCGCUCAUCGCUGAGGAGAUUGCAGCAGCCAACGAUGAAAUCUUCCAUUGUAGCAAUCCUCCUCAUCAUUCAUGCUGGAAGUAUUGGUGUACUUGGCUCUAGGAUGAAGGGAAAGAUUAUCCGAGGAGACGACCACCAAAAUAGAGACUUGCAAACGUUCCCUCUACGGAAAGAAGUGCCUUAUAGCUAUAGGCUCAAGCAGCGUUGGAAGUUGGCUGGACAAGCAGAAUCGCUAAUCAUGCCCUCGAUUCCUGGAGCUCCUACUCAUUCUCCGUCUGGGUCCACCAAAGCCAAGAAUCCAGCCCAAGGCUUCUUUACACUAGCAAAAUCCCCAACGAUUACAGCUCCCAGCGUUUUUCCGCCACAGACUCCAUUUCCAUCCUACUCGCCAACCAAGUCUCCGACAAAAUGGCCCACAUCCUAUCCAGCACCAGUUCCGACGCUAAACCCUACUCCUGAGCCUACAAAGGCCCCGACGAAGCCUCCAACUCCUAGUCCUACAAAACCUCCGACAAAGCCUCCAACUCCUAGUCCAACGAAACCUCCCACGCGCCGACCUACUCAACAGCCUGUUAGGGUACCAACAAAUACAUUAUCAUUUGUCGGAGACAAUGAUACUAACAGGAAUGGGUUCCCGCUUACUAUGUGUGAGGGGGAUUGCGAUAGUGACAGCGAUUGCAUGGGCAAUUUGAUUUGUAUGCAGCGUAGUGGAACACAGCCAGUACCUGGGUGUAAUGGAAGUGGAGAUAGUGGGAAGGAUUACUGCAUGGAUCCAUCAUUGACGCAGGCCCCAACAGACAAACCAACUAUGCCUCCACAAAGCAAUUCUGGGAGCUUCAUGCUUCGCCUCUAUUGGCAGAGCUCUUACUUUUGGCAGGAAACACACA